AUGGUCACUCCACCGAGAACAAGCGCGGAAUCCACCGAAGAACCUUCACGAUCGUCACCAUCCACCGCUGACUGUCCAUGCCACCAUAUCCUGAUCUCCAAAGAUUCCAAAUACUGUGCUUUGUGUGAUCGCCCGAUACCCAUCUUGGAAGAACUCCAAAAAGAACGAGAUGCCCACGAACGAGAAAUUCGGUCCUUGCAAGUUCAGCUCACCGAAGAGCAAGCAAAGAUUGCCCAGCAAAUUGAAGAGAUUGAAAAAUUGAAUGCCACUAUUGAAAACGUCGAACGACAAUUGGAUAUCAAAACCGAAGAAUUCCGAGCGUUGCAGAACGACAUGGAACUCUUGAACGAUAAAUACGUCGACGAAAUCGAACGAGUGGCGGAAAUUCAGCAUUCCAAAGACAUGGUCGAAAGCGAACUGGAAGAUUUAUCACGACGUCUAUUUGAGGAAGCCAAUGGCAUGGUAGCCAAUGAGAAGAGAGAAAAAUACCACUUGGAAGUCGCUCAGAGACAACUUGAGAAUCAACUGAAAGAAACACGAGAACAUCUGGUGGCCGAGCAGAUGCAGCUGAAAGAGCUACGCCAAAAGAUGGAGUCUAUGGGGCAGCAACCGGCAUCUUCGCCCGUGGAAAAAUCACAAGACAAUGAUAUCAUGUCGCCGGAAGGGUGUGAACAGCAAGCUGUCAAGGAUCUGGCCAGCCUGUUUUCCGAUCGAUUAAGCUCCACUGACAUCAGUUCGGCAGGCAUCGAUCAAAUGAUGUUGGAUGAGUUCCAAGAACUGGUAAGAUUGGGGACUACGGCUCCCUUGAAAAAGCUCCACACCGUUGCGUUUAUGAAGAAUUGCCAAGUGGAAGAUGUGGAACCCUGUUUGCGAUUCGGACCCAACUCGCGACUGUCUGCCCGCAAAAUCAACGAAGCCAUUGUCAUGAACACCUGUUUUAUUGAAGAAGCGCCUCCUGGGUUCGCGGAAGAACAAGCCAAACGCCCAGCAGAUAUGCCACUGAAAAUUUCAGCUUCCAAGAGCAUGAUAUGGGAACGCUUCAGUGGCGGCAAUAGCCAAAAUGGUCCAUUUGCGGGAUGUCAAGCCUGCGGUAGAUCUGAUCUUCCCUUGCCAUAUCGAUGCCGGAUUUCUUAUUUCGAUGAUUGGGCAUGCAUUGAUCGAUACUGUCGCGAUCGUCUAGUGGCCGUAUGUGAAUUUUAUGUCUUUAUACGCAAUGUACGUCAAGGCUACUACAACAGUCGAACCAUCCCGGAUCUGUAUCACGAAUGCAUGAGAUUACGUCUGCAAAUGUUCUAUGCCAGAAUGGGUGCGCUAUCUUGGACGCUAGGAAAUCUUGGUAUCAAAGGGGAUACAAUUGGAUCUGCAUCAGCUAUCAAAAUGCAAAUCCCCCCUCCAUCCAGCGAAUCUUCUCCCCUUCCACGCACAACAACUCCCAAGGCGUCCGAAGUACCCAGGCGCGGAAGUGUAGAUGUCAAGCCAGUGGCUUCCGAUGAGCCAAAUACACCCAUCGACAACAGUAAUGCUACUACGGAAGCUCAAACAAAAGACGCGGAACAGGCAUAG